CUGCAUACACCUUGCUUCACGUUCUCGUUUAACACAACAAACACUCACUCUCGAUAUCCUUGAACAGCAACAAUGACUGAGGGAAGCAACUUCGACUAUCUCUUCAAGGUUGUUCUCAUCGGAGACUCUGGUGUCGGGAAAUCCAACCUGCUCUCGCGUUUCACUCGUAAUGAGUUCAACCUCGAGACGAAGUCGACGAUUGGCGUGGAGUUCGCGACACGGUCAAUCAAUGUGGAUGGGAAGACGCUGAAAGCACAGAUAUGGGACACUGCUGGUCAGGAACGGUAUCGUGCAAUCACUGCUGCCUACUAUCGUGGGGCUGUCGGGGCGCUGCUCGUGUACGAUAUCUCCAAGCACGCAACGUACGUGAACGUUACGCGAUGGUUGAAGGAGUUGCGUGACCAUGCCGAUUCGAACAUCGUCAUCAUGCUUGUUGGAAACAAGAGCGAUUUGAAGCACCUGCGUGCUGUGCCAACGGAGGACGCGAAGGCUUUCGCUGCGGAGAAUGGUUUGUCGUUCAUCGAGACGUCAGCGCUGGACGCUUCAAACGUUGAGUCUGCUUUCCAGACCAUUCUGACAGACAUCUACCGCAUCGUCUCCAGCAAAUCGCUCGAACAAUCCUCAGACCCGAUCAAGCCAUCUACAGGAGACUCCAUUACAGUCAGCCCGAGUGUAGAUGCCAGCUCAAACCAGGGCAGUAAAUGCUGUUAAGCAUGCAUUGACGGGUGUAUACUUGGAGGGUGGAUGGUUGUCUUGACAUGGAUGUUUCUCUGUGCAUAGUGCAUUUCCUCAUCUUGUAAUCUCAUUUCGCUUGCCCACGUA